UUCCAUCGUCUCUACUCUCUAAGCGGGCGCUUUUAGGGUUUUAGAGAACUCAAGACUCGAGAGAAGCUCCGCAUCUGCACUCUGCAGCCAUGGCGAUCGUCGCUCAACCAGAGGUGAAACUCUUCAACAGAUGGUCCUUCGAUGAUGUUCAGGUUGGUGACAUAUCUUUGGUGGAUUACAUUGGUAUAUCUCCCAACAAGCAUGCAACUUAUGUCCCACACACAGCAGGGAGGUACUCUGUCAAGAGGUUCAGGAAAGCUCAGUGCCCCAUUGUAGAGAGAUUGACCAAUUCCCUGAUGAUGCACGGGCGGAACAAUGGGAAGAAGCUCAUGGCUGUCCGCAUCGUCAAGCAUGCUAUGGAAAUAAUCCAUCUCCUCACAGAUCAAAACCCUAUUCAAGUGAUUGUUGAUGCUAUAAUCAACAGUGGGCCAAGAGAAGAUGCAACUCGUAUUGGUUCUGCUGGUGUUGUGAGGCGUCAAGCUGUUGAUAUCUCUCCUUUGAGGCGUGUUAACCAAGCAAUAUACCUUCUUACAACUGGUGCCCGAGAGAGUGCUUUCAGGAACAUCAAGACCAUAGCUGAAUGCUUGGCAGAUGAACUUAUAAAUGCUGCCAAGGGGUCAUCCAACAGCUAUGCCAUCAAGAAGAAAGAUGAGAUUGAACGUGUUGCCAAGGCCAACCGUUAGGAGAGAAGUUCAAUGGGCGUUAACAAGGACCUAUAUGGAAGAGAGUUGCCUUUCGUUUGUUUUCCUCACAUCUUUCCUUUUAGCUUUCAAAGGUCAAGUUUGCUCAGUAUACAAGACAAUGGACCAUUUCCAGUUUUGUUAAUUAUUUUUCUUUGGUAAAAUGUUGUCCUUUCCCUUUGUUUUUUUUGGUAGAAAUUAUUGAACAUUUAACAAUUAGUUUUAUCCCCCUUUGGUAAAAUGUUGUCUUUUCCCUUUGUUUUCUUUCUCUCUAUUAUCAACUGCUACAACUACUAGAAAGCUGUAAUUGAUUUCCGGCGAAUCAAUUAUAUUGAUAAGGCUAUUUGUUUCAA